AGAGAAGAGAAAAAAGAACCAUGUCAGGCCCUCAGUGCUGUUCAAGCCCACCAACACUCGACGCUGCAAGUGGAGCUGGUCACGUCGAGAACCUUGCCGGCUUCAACACUUAUGUCUCUGGAUCCCUCCAAUCCAAGCUUGCUGUUCUUCUUGUCUCUGAUGUUUUCGGAUAUGAGGCUCCAAACUUGAGAAAGCUCGCAGACAAGGUUGCCGCUGCUGGGUUCUAUGUGGUGGUUCCCGACUUCUUUUAUGGAGAUCCCUACUUCAGUGACAAGCCUGAUAGACCUUUAACUGCUUGGAUAAAGGAUCAUGAACCUGUUAAAGGUUUUGAGGAUGCAAAGCCAAUAAUUGAUGCUUUGAAAAGUAAAGGGGUUUCAUCAAUUGGAGCUGCUGGGUUCUGUUGGGGUGCUAAAGUUGUGGUUGAACUGUCAAAGGUUGCCCUUAUCCAAGCAGUUGUGAUGUUACAUCCUUCCUUUGUGACAGUGGAUGAUAUCAAGGGCUUGAAGGUGCCUAUUGCAAUAUUGGGAGCUGAGAUUGACAAAAUGUCUCCCCCAGAACUUGUAGAACAGUUUGGUGAAAUCUUAAAAGCCAAUGAGGUUGAUAGCUUUGUGAAGAUAUUUCCUAAAUGUUCUCAUGGAUGGACGGUCAGAUACGAUGCCAAUGAUCCAACAGCUGCGGCCUGCGCUAACGAAGCUCAUAAAGAUAUGCUGGAUUGGUUCACCAAAUACGCCAAGUGAGGAAAAUAUCCUAUGAAGAUGGAGUUUACGCGCAUUGUCUA